AUGAAUACUCCACCAGCGACGCCUCCAUCGUUGGAAAGUUUGAGCAACUUUUCCAAAGAACUUGACUCUAGCUCGCCCGAGACAAUAUUAGAGACUUCUGAGCUGUCAAGCUGCAACAGUUCAAAAGAAGAAAACGAACAUACUGACCAGACAAUAAUAGACGAGCAUGACAAUCGCGUGCCAAAGCAGGUCGACGGUAUUAAGCCAGGUGGAAACGACCUAACUAAUGACGAUAGUAAUAAAGUCGACUCGGUAGAUCCAAGAGCCGAAGUUAGCCGUGAGGACAUUUCACAAGGAGAAUCAAAUAAAUCAACCUUAUCAAGGUUAUGGGUUUUAUUCAAAGAAGAAAUAACUGCAUCAGAUUCUGAACACGGACAUGACGCGAUCGCCGAACGCGUAACCAACUUUUUGGAAAUUCCACGGGCAUUAGAGGAGUUAAUGGUAUUUGGAUUGACUGUAUGUUUGGAUUCAUUCUUGUAUACGCUCACCAUUCUUCCCUUGCGAUUUAUCAUUGCGUUUAAUGCUUUAAUAAUGAACAUUUGGGAUAACGUUAAAUGCGGAAUUAGGACGAGAUCGUUGAAUCUGUCGCAAAUGCGUGACUUACUCAAAGGACUGCUUAUAGUCCUCGCAUGUAUCGCGUUACAACGAAUCGAUGCAUCGCGCAUGUAUCAUUCUAUUCGUGGUCAGGCUGCUAUUAAGCUCUACGUCAUAUAUAAUGUGCUUGAGAUACUAGAUCGAUUGUUCUGUUCGUUUGGAGGAGAUAUAUUGGACUCUCUUUUUGCCAAAUCGACGCUGUGUUCUGAUCAUAGAGCUGCCUCAACUAAACAACGUCUUAGACCAGCAAUGUUUUUUGGGAUUGCUUUUAUAUAUAUAUCGGCACAUACAAUAAUCUUAUUUUAUCAGGUUAUAACACUUAAUGUCGCAAUAAAUUCCUAUUCGAAUGCUCUCUUGACCCUGCUAUUGUCAAAUCAAUUCAUAGAGAUAAAAGGGUCCGUUUUCAAGAGAUUUGAAAAAGAGAACUUAUUUCAGUUGAGUUGUGCCGAUAUAGUAGAGAGAUUUCAGUUAUCAAUGUUCUUGACGAUAAUCACUGUUCGAAAUCUAGUCGAACUUACCGGAACUCCUCAGACAGCAUUUUCAAUACUUCCAACAUCAUUUAUACCAUUGUUUCCGUUUAUGAGUAGACUGGAAACGCUUCUUACUCCUGUGGUGAUUGUCAUGGUCUCUGAGCUAAUUGUCGACUGGCUAAAGCACGCUUUUAUCACAAAGUUUAAUCAGAUUAGACCCGGCGUAUAUUCGAAAUACAUAGAUAUGCUAUGUCGGGAUUUAGUGCUUGGUAGUCCCCGUACUCAGUCGGAUACGAAUGCCGCAAUAAUGAAACAGAAACCUCCAAUAGAUCAAUCUUCGAUACUUUCGCGGCGUAUCGGAUUUGCAGCCCUGCCGCUUGCAUGUCUGUUGGUUCGGAUGACAAUACAGACGUUCAGUAUGAUAUCCGAAUUGAGUGCAGAUAUGGAUGAUGCCAAUUGUGAUACCUCAAUGUUCACCAAAGUUGCUCAAUCACGGUUUGCCCGUCCCUUGCUGCUAAUUGCGUUAUUUCUAAUUAUUUUGCUAUUGAAAAUUAUGGUUGGAGUCUACUUAAUGGAUUAUGCGAAGCGUCGGUACACGACAAUGGAGAAACGCAUGGAAAACGAACAAUUAAAGCAGGUUGAUGCUGACAAGGAGGUCAAGAGAUUCAGAGCUAAUUUCUUCGAUAACCCCGAAGACAACGUGUAUGGAAAGGAGAAACCGGAAGUCACGUUAGAUAAUAUCGAACGAUACACUUUAUUCAAAAGUCGAAUACCAUAG